GCCAGUACAAAGAUGCACCUCUCAAAGGAGACAAAAGUGAAUAAUUGAACGACUGACUAUUAAUUGGAAGCCGUGUGAAUCUUCGUCCGGUGCGAAUAUUGUUGCAAUCAUUUUCCGCGUGAUGACAUCUACAACUGCAGUGCAUUACAGCCUGAGAACGCUAACGAGUGGCCUUGAGUGGCACUAGCUUGAGUUCAAAGGCGAAAUUACACGUUACGACCAUUCGAACGCUAGGAAUCUAGCUUGAAAACUCGCCUAAGUAGGAAGAUUGCUUAGACUGCUAUAGGCGGUUCAGAGUUCGGAUCGGUGAAUAAGGCCAUCAGCCGCCGCCAUUCGUCGCAAUGGGUUCAGACGACAAACCCGCCGAAGUGACUAUCCCCCUGAUGGACGUCUCAUCCACGGUGUUGACAUUCGAAAAUCUCGAAUAUUCCGUCGAACAGGGAACCAAAUGCAUUCUUCAGGACGUUUCCGGUUCGUUCAGUUCCGGUCGUUUGGCGGCCAUCAUCGGACCUUCAGGUGCGGGGAAAUCAUCGCUGAUGAACGUGCUCAGCGGGUUCAAAGUGAAAGGACUGGAGGGCACAAUCCUGGUCAACAACGAAAGCGUUGAUCGACAGCGAUACCGGCAGAUGGUUGCCUACAACCCGCAGGAUGUGAUGCUGCUGCCGUCCAUCACCGUUUCGGAGACCUUGCUCUACGCAGCCGAUCUUCGAAUGCCGUCCAGUGUAUCGAAGUUCCAGAAACUGAAAACAGUCAACGACAUCAUCGCGUUGCUUGGUUUGGAAAAGUGUGCCAACACUCAGGCUCGUCUGCUGUCCGGAGGUGAGAAGAAGCGAUUGUCUAUCGGGCAGGAGCUGGUGUCCAAUCCAAGGAUAAUGUUCUUCGACGAACCGACCAGUGGAUUAGAUAGCGAAACAUCCUACCAGAUCGUAUCGUAUUUGAAGGAUUUGGCUCGACAAGGACGCUGUGUUGUCAGUGUAAUUCAUCAACCAAGUUCGGAUCUACUGGAGCUGUUCGAUGACAUCUACGUGGUGGCUGAUGGUCAAUGCAUGUACAAAGGGCCAUUGGACGAACUGACUACGACGUAUGCUGAUGUGGGGUUGAUAUGCCCGCAGUACUACAAUCGUGCUGAUUUUGUCAUCAAAAUGGCAUCAAAAGCCUGCACUGAACCGGACAAAAUACAAGCGUUGAAGCAUCGCAUGAAAACAGCUGCUAUUCCAAACGGUUACAACAACCAUUCAAAUGGCAACCCAAAACCAAAUAUACUGGAGGAAUCCGAUAGCAAAUCGCAGUAUCCCACAUCGUUGUUGCGUCAGUUUGCGAUACUAACUCACAGGACAUUCCUGGGAACCAUACGUAACUUCACUCUGACCGUGUUGCGAUUUAUUGGACACAUCCUUUUCGGAAUCAUCGUCAGCACAGUAUACUAUCAAAUUGGAGAUGACGGCGCCAAAGUCAUUACGAACAUUUCGUUCAUCAUGCUGGCAAUGCUGUUUAUUGUGUUCGCUAACUCGAUGACUGUCGUUCUCACAUUCCCCCUAGAGAUGGCCGUUUUCGUGCGAGAGUACAAAUCGAACUGCUACUCGGUAGGAGCGUACUUCUUUUCCAAGAUCGUCGCCGACUUUCCGCUGAUGAUCGGUGGAGUAACCUUGUUCCAUCUCAUAGCGUACUACAUGACCGGUCAGAUCAACGAAUUCGAUCGGAUGAUGAUUUUUUGGUGUAUGUGCGUAAUGAUGGGAUGGUACGCGCAGGUUUACGGAUUACUCGGAGGCAGCCUGUUCCCGAUUGAAGUGAGCCCCUUCAUUGUGCCGAUCACGUUGAUUCCGGCCGUGCUGUUCAGUGGAUUCUUCAUCCGAUACGACGAGCUGGCCGAUGUCUUCAAACCGUUGACAUACAUUUCUGUGUUUCGGUUCGCAUUCGAGGGUGCUUCGCUGUCGGCCUAUGGAUUUGCACGGAGGGAUUUGGACUGCAGUGAGAUAUUUUGCUACUACCGGAAACCGAAGAAGAUUCUUGAAAUGCUGGACAUGGAAGAUAGCUGUAUUUGGGUGGACAUCGGUGGGAUGGCAAUUGUAGUUGUGGGGUUGCAUAUUUUGCUAUACUUGAGCUUACGAUUCAAGGUGCGUUGAGGCUUUGCAUUAUGAAACGUAAGAGUAUGCUUGUUAUAGUACUUAUAGGGUUUAUAGUAUUGAAUGAUUUCACUGAUCCUCGGUAGAUGUGCUACUUCAAAGUCUACAUAUAUGGCUGUUUGUAUCCACCAAUUGCCUUUAAUAUUAUUGUGAUUAUUUAACAAUAUCGAUGUUAUACGUACAACGUGAAAUAAACGGAUACCUUUUUAAA